AUCAAGUAUAUAAGAAGACUAUUACGUCAUAGCCUACUGUACAGUGCAAAACGGCAGCAAUCAAGUAUAUAAGAAGACUAUUACUUGAAUUGGUUGACAGAAGACGAAAACCCUGGUUAAAAUAGUGAUAUUCUGAGAUCCUGCAUACAGUACAACAAUGCCUCCUCCCGGUGUGUGUAUGAGUAUAAUGCAGGAGCGCCACAAGAAAGAGGGUGUUGGGAGUCUUGCCAACCCAGAGAAACACAGCAACCAAGACUUUCAGCAGCUGACGCAGUACUGUUUGGCCAGGGGAGUGAGGUACAUCGAUGAGAUGUUCCCCCCAGACCAUAACUCCAUUGGUGAUGGGCUACUUUCCCCUGAUGACAUGGGCAGAGUGGUGUGGUUGAGACCAGCGAAAAUGGUACAGUAUCCAGAUUUGAUCCUUGAUGGACUUUCAAGGUUUGACUUUGGGCAAGGAAUGGUUGGAGAUUGCUGGUUUCUUGCUUCCAUUGGGGCUUUGACGUUCCAGAAGCACAUCCUGGAAGAAGUAGUACCCCUAAACCAAAGCUUUAAAAAGGAUUACUGCGGAAUAUUCCACUUCAGGUUCUGGAGGUUUGGGAGGUGGGUGGACGUUGUGAUCGAUGACAAGCUACCAACAGUUGACGGCAGGCUCAUUUUCGUUCAUUCAAAAACUCCCAAUGAGUUUUGGCCCGCCUUGCUGGAGAAAGCCUAUGCCAAGGUGUGUGGCUCCUACGCAGACAUGAAUUUAGGGACCCCUGCAGAGGCUAUGAUGGACUUCACUGGAGGGGUUCACAUCACAUUCAAGCUCACUGACGCUCCACCAAAUCUGUGGGACCUCCUGUUCAGAGCUGUCCAAUCCAAAUCUCUGAUGGGGUGUAACACACCUCAAGGGGAAACAUCAGCAAACACGGUGGCACCCAACGGAUUAGUGAGGGGUCAUGCUUACGCCGUCACAGGGGUCAAACAGAUCAUGAGCCAAGGCAGGCCAGUGAAUCUGAUCCGCCUCUUCAACCCCUGGGGCCGGGGAGAGUGGAAGGGAGGCUGGAGCGAUAAGUCUUCCAUGUGGCAAACAGUGAGUCCUGACGAUCGGAAGAUGUGUCUGUCAGUGAAAGAGGAUGGGGAAUUCUGGAUGACAAUGGAAGACUUCUGUAGGCACUUCACAGAUGUGACUAUCUGCUGUCUGUGCCCUGAUUUUCUCGACGGCAACUCUAAAGGUCUUUGGACACACUCCUUACAUGAUGGCAGAUGGGUUGCUGGAACCACUGCUGGAGGUUGCAUGAAUUUCCCAGACAGUUUCUGGACCAAUCCCCAGUAUCGGGUGAAGAUCGAGGGAUUAGACAGGGACUGCUCUGAGACACAGGGCGACAACAACAUGUUGGUGUCUCUGAUGCAGAAGCCUGACAAGAGAAACAGACGCCUGGUCAAAAGUCUCCACAUCGGCAUCAACAUCUUCGAGGUGCCUGCCCAAUUCAAAGGACAGAGGGGGAAGUUUCCUGCCUCCUUCUUCAACAACAAUGUGCCUGUCGCCCAAACAAAGAACUACCUGAAUGCUCGGGAAGUGGUGGUGUUCUCCAGGCUGAAACCUGGUGAAUACCUGAUCGUGCCAUCAGCCUUCAACCCAAACGAAACCGCCUCCUUUAUCUUGUCCAUCCUCUCCAAGGUGGAGGCCCACAUCCAUGAAAACUCAAAUGACCAAGAUAUUGUGGAAAUCCCCAAGCCCAUGCCUACUCACAAUAGAGCAGAUAUGGACAACAAACAAACUCUGUUUCGGCAAUAUUCUGAUCAGUUUGAGGAGGUGGAUGCUGAACAGCUUCAGAGGAUUCUACAUGAAACUCUCCUCCAAGGAUAUGCAAAGAAAACACAAGGCUUCAGCUUGGAGUCCUGUCGCAGCAUGUUGGCCUUAAUGGAUACAUCAAUCACUGGAAAACUGAACAGUUCUGAAUUUCUACGUCUAUGGAGAAAAGUUACCGUGUACAAGGACAUCUUCUUACGUUCAGAUGUGAACCGUUCCGGAAUGUUGUCAUUGAGUCAACUGAGGAACGCAAUCAUGGCUUCAGGGGUCAGGCUGAGUGACAGUCUGUUGAACCUCAUUGCUCUGCGCUACGGUGGAUCUUCUGGAAACAUCAGCCUGGAGAGUUUCAUCAGCCUCGUUCUACGCGUGGACCGCAUGGCCAAAAUAUUCAGACAACUCAACGUGGGAGGGGCCAUAUCUCUUCGAGACAAUGAGUGGAUGUACAUUACUAUGUACGCAUAAACAACAGACCAAAUAGGCUGGACAGAAGACCGUUAGAAUCGUAAGGUUUGAAAAAGUUCUACGACAGUGCUUUGCUGGACAAAUCAAUAAACUUCUCCGUGACAAUUUCAGAGUAUUUCGUUGCACUUAAAAAAACUUGAUAGAGCAUCUUGAUUAAUAAUCCUGAAGCACCUUCUUUGCACCACACGCUUGUCUUUUCUUACGAGCACUGACUUUGCUGAUAGCUACUUUAAAGGAAGAAAUGUAUUUAGGCUACUAUGACUGAGGUGUGGUUGUCUCCCCUAGCCAUCUUAAGAUGGAUGCACUAACUGUAAGUCUGAUAAAGGACUAAAAGCCGUCAUGAAGGCAAAGGAUAGCUACUUUGAAGAAUCUCAAAUAGAAAAUAUAUUUUGAUUUGUUUAACACUUUUUUGGGAGGGUUACUACACGAUCCCAUAUUUGUUAUUUCAUAGAAAACAGUAAAAAAUAAAGAAAAACCCUUGAAUGAA